AUGGCCACCCUGUUGUAUGGAGGAGAGCGGGCGGAAUAUGAUCCAAACAAAAGGAAUUUUGGAUUUGAUAACCAGUCAAUUAGAGCAGCAUUUGUGCGCAAAGUCUUCAUCCUCGUGGGAAUUAUGCUUGCCGUCGUUACAGUCAUGACCGCGAUUCCGUUCCUUGACAAAGGUCUACAAACGACAGUUAGAGGUUCGAGUGCUCUAUACCUGACCAGCUAUGUUGUUUUCCUGAUAGUUUAUAUUAUGUUAAUGUGUUGUGAGUCUGUACGAAGGUCUUUUCCGAGCAACCUUAUCGCAACCGCAAUCUUGACGCUCUCCAUUGGGUACAUGACAAUGAUGGUUUGCUCCUACCACAGAGUUGAGUCGGUCCUUAUGUGUUUGAUUAUAACAACCGUUUGCUGUGGAGGUAUCAUAAUCUUCUCAAUACAGACGAAAUAUGAUUUAACAAGUGCAAUGGGGAUAGUAUUUAUCCUUUCCUUGGUUCUGAUGGUUUUUGGCUUGGUUGCGAUCAUUGCUGUGACAGUUUUCCAUGUCAAGUGGCUUUAUACAGUGUAUUCAGCUGCUGCUGCUUUACUGUUCAUGUUUUAUCUGGCUAUCGAUGUUCAGACUGUUAUGGGUGGCCGAAAGUACGAAGUUUCUCCCGAAGACUACAUAUUUGCGGCUAUUCAGAUCUUCUUGGAUAUUGUUUAUAUCUUCUGGAUGAUUCUUUCACUUUUUGGCUCUCGGUAA